AAACAGGUUGUUUAGGACUUACCCAUAUUAUAAUCUGAAUGUUUAUUUGAAAAACAUGGAAAAGCAAAUUAAACGAAACCACAGCUGCAAACAUAAGAUUUGUAGAAGAACAAGGUAUCGUAACUACAAGUUCUGCUAUCUGCACAUUCUUGAUGACAAGUCAGCCCCCUUUACAACAUGUCAAUAUAUAUCCAAUGUUACCAAAAGAAAAUGUUCGAAUCCAGCGUUGAAACCAGAUCGCAGCAACAGCACCGUGCCUUGCUUAUGUGAGAUACACAACAAUGCGAAAAGUCAAACCAACAGAAUCAAAUAUCGAAGUCAUAGAAAGAAGAAUUCAAAGCUUGCUGACAGAGACUACCAACCAACACUUCUUCAAAAACUUCGUAAACAUCAUAAAAGCAAUGAUGGUGAAGCAAAACAUAACACAGAUGAUGAAAGCGGACAACCAUAUGACUUGGCAAUGGAACAAUUGGAACUCGACACAUAUGAGAACAGACAGUGGGUGACGGGACUUUCUACAAGCUGGAAAUCGGGAGAAGCAGAUAUUGAUGUAGAUUUGGUUGAAGAUUUGAACAACCCAUUAAAAUAUGCAGGAGCAUACACUGCAGAGGAAGUGAUUUCAAUGUCGAAAGAUCGUUUAGUUCGAUUGCAGUCGUUAUACAUCGAUCAGUUCAAACAUCUUCACCGAACACUACAAGAAGGGAGGAGAAAAUAUUUGGUUGAUAAAUCCAUUGAAGAACAACAAGGUUCCUCUCACUCAUCCUCCAAACAACUCUCCUCCAGGAGCGAGCAUCAUCAUCUCCACGAACUCAAAUCCCUCGUUGGAUUCCGAAGAAGAUCAGGAGAGGAAAUUCUUCUCCAUAAAAAGUUGAAAAAAAGAAGACUUGAGAUUACAAAGGGAAAAACUGUAAUGCCCUUGGAGGCACAACCACACCGGUCAAGGUGUAGUCACGUGACCAAGAAUACAAGGUGCAAAUCAAGCUGCCUGCCAUACACUAAAUACUGCACUGCACAUAUUUUGGAAGACCCGUUACAAAUAAUGUACAAGAAAUGCAACUGGAAAGGCUGCACAAUCCCAGUGUGUGUGAUGUCAUUAGAACAAAGCAAACAGAAAGCGCAAUGCUUUUGUCCUGCUCAUAGGAAACUGCCAGAGUUCUCACAGAAACUGGAGAAACUAGUGUCUAACAUUGGUGAAGCUAAUACUGUUAUUGUGACUGAUAAUGUUUCUGUGAAGGAGGAAACAAAGGAACAAGAUGUAGAAAUUGCUGAAGUGUUGGGUGAUAUUCUAACUACUGUAGAAGAUGGAUUGAAUAUCAUUAACAUGGAAACUUUGAUUGAACCAAAGGAAGAAAUGGUGAAUGGUAUUGAAGAUGACAAGGAAGAAGUGAUCCCAAUACCUCCCCCUGUGGUUGAUGAUACACCCAUGAUCUUAGUGGAGGAGGACUCUAUGGGUGUUGAGGAGCAUCAGGUUGAAUCUCAUCCUCCCAUGGAUGUGGAUCCUCCGGAAGAUGUUGAUUUUUCCAAGAGUUCUUCCGUCAUUAACUCUAUUUCAACGGGUCAGCUCUUCAUGGUUAGUAAUUCACCAGAUGAGGGAGCCCUUCACCUUGAGCCGUUGAUUCCGUCGCUGUCAAGCCAUGGCCACACGGUGUCAGUGUUACCUUCCGAAAACAAUAACGACUCGUGUGAAAAAUUUUUGCGAGAGAAAGGCUAUGCGGAAAAUGCAGAAACAGAAAGUCGGCAGAGCGUAACACUCGAAAUCGGUGAUGCGAAACAAAGUAAAUCGAUAGAAGCAAAAGUUCAACACCAGGGGGCAAUAAUAUCGGUGAGCAACGAACGAACAAAAUAUGAAAAAACUUCCAAGAAAAUCGUCACAACCACUCUCGUACCCCCUGUUGAAACGAAGCGGGAGACAUCUGAUAAGGAAGAGCAUUUGGAGGAAGAUGUUUCAACCGCAUCCAAUAUUUCGAGGAUUCCUGUUGAAUCACUACCCCCACCAAGUGGUAAGCCACCACCACUUGCGUUGCUGCCGAGUGUUAAGUUAAAUAUGAAGACAGUUCAAUCACGUGAAACUUCAUCAUCAGUUCAUAUGAUCCAAUCAUGUGCUGAUCAUAAACUUCAAUCACCUGAAACUCUAUCACCAGAUCAUAUGAUUCAAUCACGUGAAACUUCUUCACCAGAUCAUAUGAUUCAAUCACGUGAAACUCCAUCAUCAGAUCAUAUGAUUCAAUCACAUGAAACUCCAUCAUCAGAUAAUAUGAUACAAUCAUGUGAAUAUAAUGAACCCAAAACAGAUGAAAUUUCCAAAGUACAAUCACCUGUUCAUGAUGAAGCUGAUUCAUGUGAUCAUGAUGAGCCAAUAGUUCAUAAAGAUGAAUCAUCACAAGUUCCACCAACAACCAGUGAUGAGAAACUGCCUCCCACAUGUGAAGUUUCAACGCUGGUUUCAACUUCGAAUCAAGAUGUUGUUACAACAGACCCUAUACCCGAUGUCAAGCCACCAAGAGAGCAAAACAAAGAAGACGAAUAUCAUGAUUCGUCGGAUUCCUCUAUGCCAGCCUCCCCUGCCAGCAAGAGUGUUUCGCCGAUGGGUGGCGAUCGUAAGCCGUCCAGCGCUGACGAGGAAACAGCUGUUGCUUCUCUUCUGUCUCUCUGCAGCGCGACCGAGCGAUGACGUUAUAACAAUGAAUUGUGACGUCCUAAUGCGACAUGGUGACGUCAUAAUAUCGACAUGUUAGUAAAACUCACACCAACACCUGCAUGCAUUGAAACGCACGGCCACAUUUGAAAAUAUUUUGUUUUAUUUAUUCGGGUGUGUUCGUAUGAUCUUUUCACCGAGUACGUUCUUUGUAAAUCACUAAACCCGCUAUUUUGGCAGGUGUACUACACUUUCAAAGUUUGUUCAUUUUCUGUUUUAUUACAAAAAAAUCGUCGCCCGU